AUGGCUCCAUUCACGAUACCCGCUGAAAUGUUUUUCAACUUGGCCUGUAUUGGUGCCCUUGGUAUUGGUAUGCGAGAGGCCGUCCGAGCAUAUCAAAAGUUUGAGAAUUAUGGAAAGCCCAAGAGAUGGAAUGUGGAUGCUUGGGAUAGGAAGAUGAUGGAGCGAGACUCUCGACUGACGGGGAAUGUGAAUAGACAGAUGGCUGCUGUAUCAGCACCACCAGAAUUCAAAACCAAUAGUGCCUUGGAGCUUGAAAGGCCAUUUAUGUAG